AUGGAUCUACAAAUGUUAUCCAACCUAUUCGCCACGACCUUCAAUCCAGACCCUAAUGUACGAAAGUCCGCUGAGCUUGAGAUUCGCAAGGUGGGCAACCAGGAUGGCAUGAUCACUGCCCUUCUCCAGAUUAUCGCCGCCGACAGUAUCGACCUUGCCACCCGCCAGGCCUGUGCUGUGUGGGUCAAAAACCGCGUUUUCACUCACUACUCAACCGAGAUAAAAGGCGGCAUUUCACAGUCGGAUCGCGAAGCAUUGCGCGCAAAUCUACUUCAUCUUAUCGCUGCAGCACCUUCUCGAAGUAUCGGCCUCCAGCUCGCCAACGCACUCAAGCAUGUUAUCUCCCGCGAUUUCCCCCAUAAAUGGCCUGGACUCCUGGACGAAAUCAAGCGGUUGCUGGCCAGCUCAGAAAUCAGGGAAGUUCAUGCUGGAUGUGUGGCGGCACUCGAAACAGUGAGGGCCUUCAGGUUCAUACAGAAUAAUGAAGUGCUACCAAAGGUCGUCCCAGAGAUCUUCCCUACUCUUGUUAGCAUCGCGACACACAUGAUGCAAACACCCCCAACGACAUCACAAGAGAUCCCCGCUAUGCUCCAUCUCAUUUUGAAGACUUAUAAAACAAGUAUUGUCAUGUCUCUAAGCGCACAUCAGCAGAGUGCGGAGAGCAUCGUUCCUUGGGGCCAACUAUUCUUUUCUAUCGUCAAUCUUCAAAUACCGAACGCUGUUGUCCCUGAAGAUGAGGAGGAACGGGAGCGUUCCGAAUGGUGGAAAACCAAGAAAUGGGCAUAUGCUAUCCUUGGACGCCUAUUCCAUCGUUAUGGCAAUCCUUCUCAGCUUCCGAGCACGAUGCAAAGCUACUCCGGGUUUGCACAGCAUUUCGUGACUACCUUUGCCCCGGAGAUAUUGAACGUUUACUUCCGUCAGGUAGACCUGUUUGUAUCUGGACAGGCGUGGCUGUCACAAAAGUGUCAGUAUCAAAUAUUUACAUUCUUCAGCGAAUGUGUCAAGCCCAAAUCUACAUGGACCCUGCUCAAGCCACACUUUGAGACCCUUGUUUCCUCUUUCGUAUUCCCUCAGCUGUCCUUCAAUGCCACAAAACAGAAUUUAUGGGAGAACGACCCGGUUGACUAUGUCAGGAUCUCAGUUGAUGAAUACGAGAGCUUUGCUACUCCAGUUUCCGCGGCGACCACUUUCUUGUUUGGCCUCGCCACCAACAGAACCAAGACUACGUUCCUACCCAUUUUGUCAUUCAUUAAUUCCGUACUGCAAUCCAAUGCAUCUGCGACGCAACGUUUUGGCGCGCUGAACAUGGCCGCGGCGCUCGGGCCUUGGAUGAUGAAACACCCCACGGUUAAGGACAAUAUGGAGACCUUCAUAAUGCAAUACGUGACACCCCAGUUGAGCAGUCAAGAGCCUUAUUUGCGUGCCAUUGCAUGCGAGGUUAUAGGCACUGUCGUGAAGAACCGCCUACAAUGGACUAGUGAAGAGCAUCUUCAUACCAAUUUUACUGCUGUCGUCGCUGCGAUGGAUGACCCGGAAUUCCCGGUCAGGGUUCAAGCGUGUCUCGCCCUUACGGAGAUGGUCGUAGCGUAUGACUCUGUGAAAGCUGCCGUAGCGCCUCAAGUGAGCAAAGUCAUCCAAAGCCUACUCAAGCUGUCGGAUGAGAGUGACCUGGAUAUCUUGAACCAUAGUAUGGAGGUAAUGGUUGAUCAGUACCAAACGGAGCUACUUCCCGUCGCGGCUCAGUUAACUGCACGUUUGUGCGAUUCUUACCUGCGUUUGGCAAGAGAGACCAUCGCCCAGGACUCGGAAGCGGACGGGAUGGAUCUCGAAGCCCUGAUCUCAACAGGGGAAGAUGACAAAACUUAUUACGCUAUGGGCAUCGCAAAGACAAUCUGGACGGUCAUUAAUUCCAUCGAAAGUGCCCCGGAAAUUCUGGCACAAGUUCAAGAGAUCGUGAUUCCCAUUGUCACGUUCACACUUGAGAACAGGUUCCUUGAUCUCUUCGACAGCAUGUACGAACUGGUCGACAGCUUGACCUUUAAGCUCCGGGCCAUUUCUCUGAGUAUGUGGCCGGUGUUUGAAUUAACAUACAAACUCUUCAAAUCAGAUGCGGUCGAUUACUUGGAAGAAAUGUUGCCUUCCCUGGAUAAUUUUGUCUCAUUUGGCAGCGAUGUAAUUAGAAAUCAGGCCGACUACAAGCGGAUGCUCGUGGAUAUCUACACGACCUCGAUUACUAACGAACAUCUGGGUGAAAACGACCGGGUCAACGGGUGUAAGCUAGCCGAGUCUGUAUUGUUGAACCUUCGUGGAAGCGUUGACGAUGCUCUGCAACCGUUCAUCGUCACCGCCUUGGAUCACCUGGACAAGGCGGAGACGCCUGCCCUUCGCCUAGCAAACCUCGAAGUUCUUAUCAACGCCAUCCUAUACAAUCCCACCGCCACGCUUCACCUCAUGGAGACCUCCCGACCUGGUCUGACGCGGGUCUUCCUAGACAAAUGGUUCGCCGCUAUCAACUCUGAGAAUCAGCUCCCGCGAGUGCAUGACAAACGGCUGAGCAUCCUCGCCUUGUCCGCGCUAAUCGAAAUGGACCCCAGCGGUAUCCCUGAUAGCGUCAAGCAGGGCUGGCCAGGUAUUCUCGGUGGGAUCCUAAAGCUGUUCAAAGAGUUUCCCAAGGCUGUCGAAGCGCGCAAGGCUCUGGAAGAUGCGCUUCAAGAAGACGAUGAUGAGGAUGAUGUUGAUGACGAGAAGUUCCUGAACCUGAACGGGGAUGACGAGGACGUCUGGGAUGAAGAUUCAGCAUAUCUGGAGAUGCUCGCUAAAGAGGGCGCCCGGCUGAGGGACAAAUCUGACAAACUUGCUGCAGGGGGGGACGAUGACGAAUACGAAUCUGACGAUGAUGAUAUUGAAGAAGAGCUGGGGUAUUAUAGUCCGUUGGAUAACGUCAACCCGUAUGUGUCGUUCCAACAAGCUCUGACGGCCUUCCAAAUGAAAAGCAGCCCUGUGUAUCAAGCCGCUACGACGUCUCUGACGGUGGAACAACAGACGGUGCUGAUGGAGGUGAUGAAAGUGGCGGACUCUGCGGUAUCGAAAUGA